AUGGAGUUUCAACUCCCGUCUCUUCCCAUCUCGCUCUCCAUCUUCUUUGUUCUCCUGAUCAUCGUCAGGAGGCUCUUCACCUCCAAGCCUAACCACGUGGGGCCGGAGUUUCCCACCCCCUCAAGGCUGCCCUUCAUUGGCAACUUUCAUCAUCUCGUCGGCAAGCAGCCCCACCACGCGCUCCGCGACCUAGCUCGCAAGCAUGGGAAUGUCAUGAAGCUCCAACUCGGCCAAGUCGACCAAAUCAUCAUCAGCUCGCGGGAGGGCGCGCAGCAGGUGCUCAAGGAGCAGGACGCCAACUUCGCCUUUCGCCCCGAGAUCACUGCCGCCAAGAUCAUUGCCUACGGCCAAAGCGACAUCGCCUUCUCCAACGGCAAUUACUGGCGCCAGCUGCGCAAAAUUUGCGUCAUGGAGCUGCUCGGCUCAAAGCGUGUCAAGUCGUUUGCGUCUUUAAGGAAGGAGAAGGUCGGUCGUCUCAUGAGCGACGUCAGCUACGCUGCAGCCAUCGGGAAGCCAGUCAACCUGGGGGAGAGGCUGAACGAGUUAACCAACUCCAUCGUGGUCCAAGCUUCGUUUGGGAGAAGCUGCCCGCAACAGAAAAAGUUCAUGCAGAUUCUCAAAGAAGUCAUCAAAAUGUCUAGCGGAUUUAGCGUUGGUGAUCUUUUUCCAUCCCUUAAAGUCGUUGAUGUCCUCACUGGAUUUAGCGCUCAGUUAAUCAAAUAUCACAAGAAACUAGAUGUGAUCCUCGAUGAAAUAAUCAAGGAGCAUCAGAUGAACCGUGAUAGAGGUGAACAGGAGGAUCUUAUUGACGUUUUACUCAGGCUCAAAGAUGAAGGCAACCUAGAAGUGCCAAUCUCAUUUGGCAAUAUCAAGGCUGUUGCGAUUGUGAGAUAUGUUCGCUGGAGGGACGGACACAACUGCAAGCCUCAUUGA